UUAUGCCCCAACAGAAGAUGCCGAAGAAGAUAGGAAGGACGAAUUUUACGAAUUACUAGACCAACAGUAUAAAGCAGCGCCAAAACAUGACAUCAAAAUAGUAAUGGGGGACUGUAAUGCUAAACUAGGUAAGGAAGACUAUUUAAGAGAAGUAAUUGGUAAACAUAGCCUACACGAUACAACAAAUGAUAAUGGACACCGGCUAACACAAUUCGCAAUAUCUAAUAACAUGAUUAUUAAAUCCACCCAAUUUGAAAGAAAGGACAUUUACAAGGUCACAUGGGUGUCAAAUGAUGGAAGAACACAUAACCAAAUAGAUCAUGUCCUCAUUGAUGCAAGACACUCUAGUAGCAUUAUUAAUACACGAAGUACGAGAGGAGCAGCUGUUGAUUUCUUCAUAGUAGCGUUCCUGCUACUGCAGUUAACUCCCUGGGGUACCAAAUAG